AUGUUGAAAUCCAAGCUUUUUUCUUCAUCAUUUACUGCUUCAAUUACACACAAAAAAUCAAAUUUUAAUUUUUUUCAUUGUUCUGGACGUUUAUUGCUGGAAGAUGUUCUUAAGGAACGAAUUGAAAAUUUUGUCAAAUCCGCACCUGUAACUGUUUUUAUGAAAGGAACACAAACAGAGCCUAUGUGUGGAUUUAGUCGGAAUGUUAAAUUGAUUCUCGAUUUACACCGCAUCCCAUUCAAGGAUUUUAAUGUUUUGGAGGACGAGAAAAUACGUGAAGGAAUUAAAGAAUUUAGUGAUUGGCCGACAAUUCCUCAAGUGUAUGUCAACGGGAAAUUUGUUGGGGGAGCUGAUAUUUUUAUGCAGAUGCACAAAGACGGCGAGAUUCACAAAUUCUUCGACGCAGAAGGUAUUCCGUCAAGAUUUUCUGACAAAUUUGAAAAAACUGAAGGCUAA